AUGAGUUAUUCAGAUUCUAUGCUGCAAAGUCAAAUAACUGAAAUCACAUUAAGGACAAUAACUGAAAUUGAAGAGUUAGCUGAAGAAAUAAUAAGCGAUAGAGCACAAAUAAUUGAUUUUGAUAAAAAACGUUGUGGAAAUCGACAAGCUUUAAGAGAAACAAAAGUAAAUCCUAAGGAUAAACAAUGGAUUUGUAUCGGAAACUUAUUUCUCAAAAUUUCCCAAAAACAAGCUAUUGAAAUGUUAAAAAAUGAUCAAAAUCAGAUAGAAAAAGAAAUAGCAAAUGUUCAUAAUGGUUUAAAGCCUAAAUUAAAAAAACUUCACGAAUUAGAAGGUUUACCUAGUACAGAUGGCUUUGACUUAAAAAGUAUAAAAGUAGACGCUUAA